GGGGAGUCGGUGUAGGGGGUGGAAAAUCUCAUAAACGUUGUGGGAGGGGUGUUUGGACGAGGAGAAAGUAGAGAGAGGCAGGGCCAAAUCCCUACGGAUCGGAGCAGAAAUCUUGAUGGGAAGGGAGCUUACUGAUACACAAAUGGACAAGAAGCCACACACCAUUAUAGUGAAUUCAAAUGGUGUUUCCCACGGUACAGUUGAUGCAAUUUCAGAAGGAAGCAUUGAAGCAAAGGACUAUGAUGUCAAGGAAUGCACUGAAGAAAGCUCAGUUGUUGAAAAGUGUAAUGAGAAGCAAGAUGUACUAGGUGUAAGAAGCACAAAUUUUAACGGUGGUCGGCUUGAAGAGAAAACUAUGAAACCUGGAUCUCAGAAGUCAAGUGAAAAUAAAAAGGCAUGCUCUCCUACAACGAAAUCUGAUCCUAUUGGAAAUUCGAGAAACUGUACUGUUCCCCAGCCAUUUGCUCUGGCAACUGACAAGCGUGAGCGUGCUUCAUGCGUGAGUCGUCCUAUUGGGGUUGAAACUGCUGCUGUUGGUGUGAAUGGGUCAUCUAAUGUUAACAAUUUACAGUCUCCCAACAGUAGUAAGAAAUCACAGCCAAACUCACCUCUGUCAGUGAGGAAGCUUUUGCAACAUGACAAUAGAAAGCAUCUGGACGAAGAGGAUAAUUGGUCUGUUGCAUCCUCCGCUGCAGCAUCUGUACGAACAAUUAAAUCCCGAACAACAGUUGGAACAGCUCCCACAUUUAGAUGCACUGAACGUGCAGAGAAACGGAAGGAGUUUUAUUCGAAGUUAGAGGAAAAACACCAAGCUUUGGUACUAGAGAGAAGCCAGUGUGAAGCAAGGCACAAGGAAGAGCAAGAAGCAGCUAUCAGGCAACUUAGAAAAAAUAUGGUGUUCAAAGCAAAUCCGGUUCCUAGUUUCUACAAUGAGGGUCCCCCACCCAAGGUUGAACUGAAGAAGGUACCAUUGACUCGCCCUGUAUCACCAAAACUGGGCCGGAGAAAGAGUUGCAGCGAUGCAACUAUCUCAUCUCAGGAAGAAAAGGGAAGAGUUUGCAGUCGGGCAAGCCGCCACAGCCUUGGCAGUUACAAAUAUGAUUCCAGCACAACAACCACCACCAAGAACAAGGAUCAGAUCGCUGGCCGAGCUGGUAACAGUGCUUGCAAAGUGAAAGAGCAACCAAAACAGGCCAAGGAGACAACGAAAUCCACUCCUCCAAAGAUCAUUGAGCAGACAAACACAGACAUCACUGUUCACUCAUGAACAGUUGAUGGUUUUUAAGUGGGGAAAGUUGUCUAGUUUCCCUAAUUGUUAUCAUGUGGACGUCCUGAGAACUAAGAGGUGUAUUAUCUUUUCCACCUGCAGUGACUUUUGUUUAAGUGGUUUGUGUUGAUGUGAAUUGUAUAUUUUGUGUAAGUCAUAUUGGUACAAGUCAUAUAUUUAUAUAUAAAGGAGUUGUUUUUCUAAUGUU